UUGAAGAGAAAUCAAGCCUCUAAACCGUCUUUGUAGUUUUUGAGAUAGAAACCCACAUGUCUUCCACGAGCUACUUUACAGCCUCUUCUUCUUCUACCCCUUCCAGCCCUCAAAGGAUUCAUGAUGUUUUCUUGAGUUUUAGAGGCGAAGACACCGGCUUUACGUUCACUGACCACCUCUACAAAGCAUUGGUUGGGAGAGGCAUUCGCACCUUCAGAGACGAUAAACUCAGGAGAGGAGAAGCAAUUGCUCCAGAACUCUUGAAAGCCAUUGAAGAAUCAAGGUCUUCCGUAAUUGUUUUCUCUGAAAACUAUGCUCAUUCGAGAUGGUAUUUGGAUGAGUUGGUAAAGAUCAUGGAGUGCCAGAAAGAUCUGGGACAUGCUAUUUUCCCAAUUUUCUAUCACGUGGAUCCAUCCCAUGUAAGAAAGCAAACAGGAAGUUUUGGAGAAGCCUUUGCCGGUUAUGAAGAAAACUGGAAGGACAAGGUAGGAAGGUGGAGGACGGCCUUGACGGAAGCAGCCAAUCUUUCUGGAUGGCAUCUACUAGAUGGAGGUUUGAUGUUGUAAGAGGCUUAAAAAUGUCAUAUUCCAUCAAUUCCUGGAAGAGGGGUGAGCUUCUUGGAAGUGGAUCUUUUGGAACAGUAUAUGAAGGCUGUACCAAGUAAAUCAGAGGAUAUAUUAAGAGUGCAAAAGGCGCAUCAUGGUACACACGAAGUAUACAAGAAGGGCUUAAAGGCUUGCAAGAAGAGAAAAGGAAAAACAAGCAACAAACCUAGCCAAACAACCUAGAAAACCAAAACUGACCAACCACCUCACCAACCCCCACCGCUCUCAACAUGCCAAAACAACCCUUAUCUAGGACUAAUAAAUAAAAAAAAACCAACAUUUUGAACCUAAAAGCAACCUCAUGCAAUGAAAUCUAUGAC